AUGGAGUCUGGCCGCAAUUCUACUCCAGAUCCGGAUGCAAACACACGCGCAUCUGAUCUAGACUUUGUGACUUACAACGAGGAUCAUGAGAUAUGCAAUCCUGAUGGAGAACACAGGGCUACCAAACUGCUCGAAAGAUGCCAAUCUAUUCUGGACGGAAAUGGAAGCCUUGCUCGGCAUUCCUACCGAGACCCUUAUGUUCUCUACGGGAGCACACUCGAAGAGAAUAUACGAAGAGAGCUCAAUCAUCGUCAGCCAUAUCUGGUAGUAGGGGACAACGCACAAGAUCAGCCCACAAAUUCCCUCAACUGGGUCGAUAUUAUUCGAGAGGCAAAAGAUACCGAUUUCACCCUCCAAGAUGAUGGCACAUAUCACUAUCAAACCCGGGGGCUCUUGAUUCAGUUAUCUGAGCACGAAUGGAGGUACAUUCUCGGGUUCCCUAAACUUCUUGAACCGUGGCCACAUCCACAAGAUUUGAAGAUGGAGGAUGUGAUAGUUCGGCACUUGAUUGGAGAGUUGGAAACAUAUGAGCAAGCACUGAUGGCUGCCGUUAAGCGCAAGAAGGUAAUUGUGACAAAAUUGAAUGAACGCCGUAAAAUGGUUCGUCACUAUUUGACAGCUCAAUCACAACCGUCUGCGACGCUUGGUUCUCCCAUUCCUCGUUUGCCAUCUAAGGAGGCUUCUCCUGUGAACUCCAUCAUACAUGAUACGAGAGGCGACAUAGCCUACGCGACUCCUACCCAGCUUCCUUUGAGCACUGAUCAAUACUCAGAGCAGAACAUGGAAAUACAUGGGGAUCAAACUGAAAAUUCUCUCGGACCCAGUAUGGAUAUUGAACCAAACACGGAGCAGAGAGAAGGAACCCGAGACACUGACAUGCCAAUUUUCAACGGACGUCCACCUACAAGCACCCCGCAGGCGGCGGGCUGGACAAUGGAUGACUUGCUCAACAAUCCCAUGGCAUUCUCUGAUUGUGAAAGUUCGGAGCCUAGGGACUUGGAGAGUCCUCAUACUCCAACUUCGAAGCGACGACCGCCACUGAUUCAGUCAGAAGAGGAGAAGAAAAGUGGAUAUAAGUUUGUCAAAGACCGGCUGGCCUCUAAGAUGGCUUGGGAUCAAAUCUCGCAGGAAUACAAUACAGCAUUUGGCAUAGAUUGUUCGAAGCAAUCUUUGAUAUCUCUUCAUGAUCGAAAGAAAGGGGAACAUGGAGACAAAAGGCAAUGGUCCCCGCUCACAUUUGUCAUAGUCUGCAUCUCGCCGCGGAGCGAGGUCGUCUCGAGUAUCUCGAACCCGCCGUUCAUGAAGAACACCUACUACUGGUACCAGCCAGCGCCAACCAAGUGGUACAAGUGCGUGGCCUAG